CUCUUCUCUAGCGUCCAACUUCCACAAAUUCAAAGGAGCAGCAAGCCAAGAAAGAUAAGCGCACGAGAAAAAAAAAAGCCAAAAAAAAAAGCAAUCUCAACCAACAAAGAUGACUUCUCUCCCGGCCUACGAAUACACAUUCUUCCGCAUCCCCAAAGAUGAUACCCUGAGGGCCUCCGCCCAGAAAUACCAACAACUCCGCCUGCGCGCCCUGUGCGUCGCCCCGGCCUCGUUCUCCUCGACCUACGAAAUCGAAGCUGUCAUUCCGGAAGACGGAUGGGUGAGCCGCCUCGCCUUGAAUGGGAAGGAGACGUUCAUCUGUGCGGCAACCCCUUGCACUGGGAAUCGGGAUCCAGCAAGUACACAAGAAGGGGGAGACCAGAGUAUCUGGGUGGGUCAAUUGACCCUACGCGCACUCAGGCCCGAGGAAUUUAUCCUGCCUGAAGAGUCGGGGCAGAAGAGACCUACCCUUCUCACUGCAGAGCCAGGGCAGGAGGGGGAGGAACUCUGGCAGAUGCUCAGCCUGUUCACCCUCCCGGAUUAUCGCGGGUGUGGACUCGGGAAAAGACUGUGUCAGGAGGCGUUGAAGUACUUGGCUUCAUAUCGGUCGUCCCCGUCGAAGGUGUGGGUGCGGCUGAUGGUCAAACCCGAGAAUCAGGCGACCGUGGGCUUAUAUCGGGGUUUGGGGUUUGGGGUGUCGGGCAAGUGUACGCUGGCCGAGGCUCUGGUGGCCAACGGGGAUGCGGAGCUGUUGCCGGCGGAUGUGAGUGGGGAGAAGUAUAGUUCGCGGAGUGGGUUGAUUAUGAUGUCGGAGUUUAGUCGGUAGAGGUUACCUACUUAGUAUGCAUUAGCAUCAGUAGAGAGAAUAGCAUAGGCGUGUUUGGUUGAUUUGGCUUAUCGACAAACACAUUCUGGAUGAAGCGUAGGCUUGAGAUACAAUCUUAAAGCCUCUAUCAGUUAAUGUCUUAUACAUGAC